AUGAAAACUAAUUCUGAUAUUAAAUCCAUCUAUGAUAUUGUCAAAGGAUUAAACUUUUCUAAUAAAUAAGCAUUAACACUAAAAAAAGAAGUUUUAUAGUAAUUAGAAUAGAAAUUUAGAAAAACUAUUGAAUUUAGAAUUAAAUCUUAAUCAAUGCAUGCUAUUCACUCAAUUCAUACAGGUUCUGUUUCAACAUAAAGACACAGACAACUAUCUUUCAAAAUAACUCGAUAAAAACCAUAAAUGCUUUUUAGAAAUCAAUCAUUAGUAUCUCUAUUAAAAAAAACAAACAAUAUGUGA